UGGGGGCGGGACCUGGCGCGCUGGGAGACCAAUGGGCAGCGGCAGGCUCAAGGGUCGCCCGCUUCCCAGGGGCUCGCUCUCCCCGGGGCUCCGCUGGCGGCGACAGGUGAGACCCUUCAUUCGCGGGGGCGCGGCUCUCGGAUUGCGUCCUUAAGACAGACAGGUGACGGCCGCCAGCUGAGGCCGCUGCCGCCGCCCCGAGUCCCGCGACACCCGGAGCGGGUGUUAGUCACCUCCGGGUCCUGUCCCUCCGGGGCCGGAAAGGACUCGGCGACCCGCGAUCGGGGUCACUUCCCUUCCUGUCGUCUACAGCGGCCCUCGUGGACAAAGCAGAUUUUUCCCCAGAAUAUACUUUUUAUUUUUUGGCUUUUAUGAAAGUAUAAAGCAGCUAGCGCUGCAAGGCGAGUUGCUGUGACAGUUUUAUCAUAGGCAAGGUCUUUGCAGUGCCCAAAAUGUUAAUUUCCUGUAGAAGAAAUUAGAAACCGCCAAGAAAGAUGCUGUUGAACCAGUUAGAAGGCUAUUACAGCUGCCCCAUUAAGAGAUGAUGAUAAUGUGAAUUUGGGAGAUAGCAGAGAAGAUGCAGAAAAGAAGACAGAUUGUAAAGAUGGAAUCACACCAUGUAUCCCUGGCUGACCCGGAACUCACUAAGUAGACCAGGCUGCCCUGGAAAUCAUAAAGAUUCACCUACCUCUGCCUCCUGAUUCUUGGAUUGAAGAUGUGUACCACCAUGUCCAGCCUGAAAUACAUUUCUUAAAUGGUUCCCAGUCUCUAUUCCACAAUUGGGAAAUAAGACAAAAGUGGAAAACACUGUGAAACCCGAAAGUGUUUUGUACAUUUUACAUCUGGACUAUUUGGCAACAAAACCAACUGUAAACAAACAUGGAACCUCUGAUCUUUCAGUGCUUACAUCCAUCCAUCACACUCGCCCUUCUAUUUACUGACAUUUUGCAGCUUGAAGAUUAAUUGCAUUGGAAAAUGUCCAAAAGAGUUAAAGAUAUUCCUCUUGGUAACAGUGAAAAGAAGAAGAAGAGGAAACAUUUGUCUUUAUCAAUAGCUCAGAAAGUGGAAUUAUUGCAGAAGCUUGAUGCUGGUGUGACUGUGAGGUGUCUCACUGAAGAGUAUGGUGUGGGAACCACCACCAUAUAUGACUUAAAGAAACAGAAAGACAAGCUGCUUAAAUUUUACAGUGACAGUGAUAACCAUGAACUAAUGAAAAACAGAAAAACAUUGCAUAGGGCCAAAAAUGAAGAUCUGGAUCGUGUAUUGAUUGAAUGGAUUCAGCAGCGGAGAAGUAAAGAUAUGCCACUGACUAGUUUGUUGGUCAUGAAACAAGCUAGAAUAUACCAUGAAGAACUGAACAUUGAAAGUGAGUGUGAAUAUUCAGAAGGCUGGCUACAAAAAUUUAAAAAGCGACAUGGAAUUAAGUAUCUUAAAAUGUGUAGUGGGAAAGCUUCUACUGAUUGUGAAACAGCCGAAAAUUACAUUGAUGAAUUUGCUAAGAUCAUAUCUGAUGAAAACCUCAGUCCUGAACAAAUUUACAAUGCUGAUGAAACAGCCCUUUACUGGUGCUAUGUUCCUAGAAAAACCUUAACCAUGGCCAAUGAAAGAGCACCAACAGAUUUCAGGGAUGCCAAACAGAGGUUAACUGUUCUUGGGUGUGCUAAUGCUGCAGGCACACAUAAAAUAAAAUUGGCCGUGAUUGGGCAAAGUCUACAUCCAAGUUAUUUAAAAGAUGUGAGCAGUUUACCUGUGCAUUACUAUGCAAAUAAGAAAGCAACAGUAACAAGAGCAAUCUUUUCUGACUGGUUCAAUAAACACUUUGUGCCAGCAGCACGAAUUCAUUGCAAGAAGGCUGGACUAGGAGGAAAUUGCAAAAUCUUACUGUUCCUAGACAGCUGUUCUGCACAUCCUCCUCCAGAACUUCUUGUGAAAAGUAAUGUUUUCAGCAUUUACCUCCCCCACAAUGUGACGUCCUUGAUACAACCUUGUAACCAAGGAAUUUUACGUUCCCUAAAGAGCAAGUAUAAACACUUUUUUUUGAACAGUAUGCUUGCUUCAGUUAACAGAGGCCUAAAAAUCCAGGACUUCCUUAAAGAGUUUAGUCUUAAGGAUGCCAUCUAUGCAGUUGCUAAUGCUUGGAAUGAUGUUGAUAAGUCAACAUUAACAAAGGCUUGGCACAGGCUUUGGGCUACAAUGAUGUUUGAAAAUGACCUCACUGAUGAAGAUUUUGAAGGCUUUAGAGACUCUAAUGAAAAGAUGAUGAUAUCAAAGCUCAUUACUUAUGCCAAAAGUUUAUCAGCCGAAAGUGUUAAUAAAUUAGAAGAAGCUGACAUUGAAGAAAUGCUGAACAUCGACAAUGAUGCGCCCGUUGUGCAUCCUCUGUAUGAGGGAGAGAUUGCUGAGAUAGGCCUAUAUACAGAUCACCAUGAAGACAGCAGCAGUAAUGAUGAUGGCAUUGUGAGCACAGGGGAAAAGAUACCUACAGACCAAAUGAUAAAAAUGUGUGACCAGUUAAUAGCUGGCCUUAAACAAUGUGCACUUAUCAGCGAGCAAGAGAUCAUGGCACUUUAUUCAAUUAAAGAGAAACUGCUUAGACAGAAACCUGUGUUAAGAAAACAAAUGACACUGGGGAAAGUAUUUUAGAAGACUCUGUAACACCUCCUUAGCACUGAGAAUGUACUUCUGUCCCAUGGAAUGUCCAGCUCCAACCUAAACUCAUAGACAAUGGUAACGGUUGUGUAACUUCUCCAAGAUUCUUGAGCAACCAGAAAUGCUGGACAUUUGUUGCAUGUAUGCAUUAUGUUAUAUAUUUCAUCAGUAUAUAAAUUUUUCUGUAAAUUUCCUUUAACUUUUGAAGAUUUUAA